AUGCAGGUUACGUACCAGUUGAAGAUCCUCACCACAGCACUGUUUUCUGUCUCCAUGCUGGGGAAGAGGUUAGGAUUGUACCAGUGGCUCUCCCUACUGUUCCUCAUGGCUGGAGUCACUCUAGUGCAGUGGCCCACAGAGUCUGAAGUGGACUCUGAGCAGGCGAUCCUGUCUUCAGGCUCACAGUUUGUGGGGCUGAUGGCUGUGCUCACGGCCUGUUUGUCCAGUGGCUUUGCUGGAGUUUACUUUGAGAAAAUCCUCAAGGAGACUAAGCAGAGUGUGUGGGUCCGAAACAUACAACUGGGGUUGUUUGGCUUUGUGUUCGGUAUUGUAGGAAUGACAGUUUAUGACGGCGAGAGGGUUAGAGAAUCGGGAAUGUUUCAGGGUUACAACACCAUCACCUGCACAGUUGUUGCCUUCCAGGCCCUGGGUGGGUUGGUCAUAGCGGUGGUCAUUAAAUAUGCAGACAACAUCCUCAAAGGAUUCGCCACCUCUCUGUCCAUCAUUGUGUCCACACUCAUUUCAUACUUCCUGUUGGAGGACUUCAACCCUACAAGUUUAUUUUUCAUGGGGGCAAUGCUGGUUAUUGCCGCCACAUUUCUCUACAGCAGCGAGCGCAAACCUGCUAACGGCAACGCCAUCAAAGUCUAAGCCUGAGACCUCUGUGAAGUGUGCUACAAGAGAGGAGUGACGUCUGCCACCUGACAAAGACCCUUCCGGAAUCUAUGAACUGUGACAUUAAGUAUGGCGUGCAGGAAUUAUUCAAGCCAGAAAUGUGGAAGUGAUAAAACCUGGCACUGCCAAACAUCUACAAAUGGAGGCUGCUGGGGCUGGAUGUUCUCCAUCAGUUUCCUGACUGAAUGCUGCUUUGUACAAAAGAUGGGGGUCAAUAAUAUGAAAUACCUUUUUCUUAUUUAAUACUAACAGAAAGUAAGCCUAAGGUGGAGAUAACUUUCCAUGUGAACGGACACUGGCAGUAAAACUCAUUGUCUGCACAACUAGUGUUCAGGAGUAACACAUUACAUGCAAUUAUUUAAUUAAAUAACAAAAUAAAUGCAAUUGUAAUCAUUAACAAUUACUAAGAAAGAACCCUUUUAUUGAAUGAGUUUUAAAAUGUUGUUGAUUACUAAGGUUUACAAUGCUUGUGUGUUAUUAAUUAGCUCAAGCUAUCAAAAUCGUUAAAUUACUUAUUACAUCUUAUACCUAAUACAUUUCUAAAGUAAUCUCACCAAGAGUGUGAAUGACAGAAUAAAAGUUAUGGAAAUAAAAUUGUUAAUGCAAUUUACAGGGAUUACGAUUAAACCAUGUCUUAUGUUUGAAAACUAUUAUUUUAUAUAUUUAAAUAUACUGGUAAUGUAUUUCAAUGUAAUGGGAUGAAGGGAAAGGGGUUUAUACUAAACAAAAAGGGUAUUCAUGGUGCGAACAGCUCAUGCCUCAGAGGGAGGAAACUCCUCGACGGAGCUUCCAUCUAGUGGUGGAAUGAGGUCAAAGAUGCUGAAUGUCCUUUUGAAAAUGAGAUGAGAUAUGAUGGGAUAUGGCUGCGUUGAUCUUGCUGCUCACAGUCUGAGCAUUUAUAUAAAAAGCACUCAUUCUGAUCUAAAUGAAAUGCAAAUAAAGGUCUUUGUGUGAGAACAAAUGAA